CCCGCCCCCCUCCUCCGUCCCGCCCAAGCCAUGAACUUUGGCCGCGGCCCCGCCGUGGUAUUGAACGUCGGGGGCACCCGGUACUCUUUCUCCCGGGAGGUGCUGAAGGAUUUCCCGCUACGGCGGGUGAGCCGCCUGCACGGCUGCCUGUCGGAGCAGGACGUGCUGGAGGUGUGCGACGACUACGACCGGGAGCGGAACGAGUACUUCUUCGACCGUCACUCGGAGGCCUUCGGCUUCAUCAUGCUCUACGUGCGGCACGGGCACCUCCGCUUCGUGCCGCACAUGUGCGAGCUCUCCUUCUACAACGAGCUCAUCUACUGGGGGCUGGAGGGCUCCCACCUCGACUACUGCUGCCAGCGCCGCCUCGACGACCGCAUGUCCGAGACGUGCACCUAUUACUCGGCCGAGGAGCCGCCGGGGGAGCCCAGCGCCGGUCCGAGGGGCAAAGCCCGGCGGACGGCGGCAGCCGAAGGGGGGAAGUGGCUGGAGAGGAUGCGGCGGACUUUCGAAGAGCCCACGUCUUCGCUGGCAGCCCAGGUGCUGGCCACCGUCUCCAUCCUCUUCGUCAUCGUGUCCAUGGUGGUGCUGUGCGCCAGCACCCUGCCCGAAUGGCGGGCGCCGGAGAACCGCAGCGUGGAGGAGCAGAGCAGGUACACAGCAGAGUCAGUCAGGGAGCCCUCAGGGAUAAUUGAAGCUAUCUGCAUAGGCUGGUUCACUGCAGAGUGCAUUGUGAGGUUCAUCGUUUCAAAGAACAAGUGUGAGUUUGUCAGAAGACCUCUCAACAUUAUUGAUUUACUGGCAAUUACUCCUUACUACAUCUCUGUUCUAAUGACAGUUUUUACAGGGGAAAAUUCGCAGCUCCAGAGGGCUGGAGUCACCUUGAGGGUCUUAAGAAUGAUGAGGAUUUUUUGGGUGAUUAAACUGGCUCGUCAUUUCAUUGGCCUUCAAACACUUGGUCUGACUCUGAAGCGUUGUUACAGAGAGAUGGUGAUGCUCCUUGUCUUUAUCUGUGUUGCUAUGGCAAUUUUCAGUGCACUUUCCCAGCUGCUUGAAAAUGGGCUGGACUUGGGAACUAAGAAUAAGGAUUAUGCCAGCAUCCCUGCUGCUUGUUGGUGGGUGAUCAUCUCUAUGACCACAGUUGGUUACGGUGACAUGUGUCCCAUCACAGUACCAGGAAGGAUUCUUGGAGGAAUCUGCGUCGUUAGUGGCAUCGUUUUACUAGCCUUGCCAAUCACUUUCAUUUAUCAUAGCUUUGUGCAGUGUUACCAUGAGCUCAAGUUCCGAUCUGCUAGGUAUGGUAGAAGCCUCUCUGCUGAAUUCUUAAAUUGACCCAACUUGAAUUCUGUUGUAGUUACUUGCUAAGCUUUGUCUUAGAAGAGAAUGGUGGGAAGUCCCUUCACGUUUCCUCCUUGACUGGACGGUCCUAUGGAACAACAUUCUCGCCCGCCUGGAGAAAGCCUGUCACCAGUCAGACAGGAAAGAUGGCUACCUACCUUGGGCACCUUGCAAGGAGAGAGUGAUAUUUUCAAAUCCGAGAGAACAAAAUGACAAAACAGGAUUCAGAAAUCCUCAACCAGACCAGCUUGGUCUUCAGUUUGCCUUUCCACACAAAAGCAGAACAAAUAAAUGGGCUUAACACCGAGGUCCAUCAUUCCCAUAGUUACAUCUUAUAUCAUUCAGAGCAAUGUGUAGCAGAAGUACAUGCAGCUCUGAAUGUUGUAGCAAAGACCUCCCUAACCACAGUUACUUUCUUCUCUGGAAUCAAACCUUUAAUAGAAGUGUUGUACUUU